AUGCUUACAGUCUUCGCUCUGUUACAAUUUAUAGUAACCGUCACAACAUUCGUUGUUCUCGGACUCGUUAUUUGUAGCGAUAAGGAGAAUGGAAAAGCACCAUCAAGUAAACAGCAGCAACCGUUGAAGAGAUUCCGUCCUCAGCAGCCUCCACCUGAUAUCCCGGUCACCGGCUGUGGGACUAAUGAAGACCACACUUUGCGAUAUGUGGCUAGUUUAAAAGAGGAACACAGCGACAAAAUACAGCAUAAAGCUAAAGCCAUGCCGGGAACGUUAAAAUCGAUAGAGCACGCA